AUGUCUGAUAGUAAAUAUACUAAUAAUAUUUUUUUAAUUAGUGAUUGGAAUGUGCCAUCACAAUCAGCAUAUUAUAAUUCAUCAUCCAAUAAUGGAGUGGUAAAACAAUGUUUUUGCGACCCAAUAUUUAAUGUUAAUAUUUGCGAUGUAUCAUUUUGUAAAAUUUAUGCCUUUGUAUUUUUUAUUAUAUUUAUAGGUUUAUGUUCAGAAGGCUCAAGAAGAGCGUAUCUGUAUAGACAUAGUAAUAUAAAAUCAGCUGCUUUCAUUUCGUUGUGCCAAACUUCGUUAAGUUCACUGUUUAUGGUUAUCAAAAUUAUAUUACAAAUUACCCAAACCGAUAAUAUACUUGCCCAUCGUUUUCUGUUUAUGGUCCAUGUUGCAUUUUUAAUAUCUGCAUUCAUGUGGAUUCUUAUCAUCUGGUCCAAAAAGUUGUCAAAAAUCAAGAUUGCAGCCGGUGUUACCCUCUAUUUGCCAUGGUUAAAAAAGAUCAUCAUUGUGACCAAUAUCCUAUCUCUUAUUAUAUUCUGUAUUAUAUUCCCAAUUUUUUAUAACACCAUAGCAAUCCUUGUGGUGUUAGGUGUUAUCAUUAUAUUCAUCUUUAUCAACUAUUUGCUUAUUGGUAUCAACAUUAGAAAGGAAUAUUUAUUAAUCAAACAACUAACCCCAAAUUCAACUAUUUGUACAAAAGAAACGAAAAAGAAGGCUAAAAGAAUUUCGAUUUUUGCUUUUCUUACCAACAUGGCUGUAAUUUUAACUAUUGUAAUUUUAUGGUGCUCCUACAAGGAUUACAAAAAAGAUAGUGAUGCUGAUGAAAAAACAUUUAUGGUAUUAAAUCGUACAAUUAGUGCUUUCUUUACCUGUUGUUUAAUUAUAACAAUGAAACCAAAUAAAAAAAGAAAGAUUUUAAAAGUUGAAACCCAAAAUGAAAAAGGAAAAAAAGUAAAUGGGGAAAAAGUUAAAGGAAAAGGAAAGGAAAAAGAAAAAGAAAAAGAAAAAGAAAAAGAAAAAGAAAAAGAAAAAGAAAAAGAAAAAGAAAAAGAAAAAGAAAAAGAAAUUGUAAUAGAAAUAGAAAUGGAAGUGGAACCAGAACCACAACCAAAAAUAGAACCGGAGCCAAAACCAAAACUAGAACCAAAACCAGAAUCAAAACCAGAACCAGAAGAAGAACCAGAAGAAGAAGAAAAAGAAGAAGAACCAGAAAAAAAAGAAGAAGAAAAAGAAAUUGUAAUAGAAAUUGAAAAAAUUGACUCGACUUAUUAA